AUGCCGUUCCAUAGUAGACGCUCCGCUUCCUCGUGCCACGAUCUGCUGCCUCUCCUCCUACUCGUUCUCCCCUUCAUAAGCCACGUCAGCGCGCAGGCCAGCGCAAAAACGUACCCGCUGUGCCCGUUCACGCAGAAGCCGCCGGCGAAGCCGAACGUGACGAUGUCGCGGUGCGUGGACGCGUCGGAGCACGCGUGCUGCGCGGACUGCAGCGACGCGAGCAACGCGCUGCACGGGCUGACGGCGAACCAGACCGUUGUGCUGGAGAUGCUCAAACCCGAGAUCGUCGCCAUCAUCGGCAACAAGGACGUGCAGGUGACUAUAACGCGGACGUGCAGCUACGACCUGGAGCAGCUCUACUGCGCCAUCACCUGCAACCCCGAUGGCGGCACGUAUGUCAAGGCGUCGACAGCGACAACUGGCGUGCUGACGGUGUGCGAUGCGUACGCCACCCAGGUGUACGGCGACUGCAAGGACGUGCCCAUGAUGGGGCAGGCGACACUGGGCAGUCUAUUGAGCAACAAGGAGAUAUUCAUCAAGCUCGUAUUCGGUCUGCUCUUCGCACGCUUCAGUGGCAUCAACGUCACCGUCAACGUCGCCCAGGGGCAGUCGGCGUGCUACAACGGGCCCAGCAAGCCGCUGCCACCCAAGCCGGUGUGCUGUGAGACGUUCACCAACACCCCCGGCUGCUCCUUCAAAAACGACUCCCUCCUCGCGCCCUACGUCGGCCGCCCCAUCAACCCCAACGCAUGUUCCGCGUACAUCAAUGGCACGAGUGCCAGCGAUCCCACCAGCACAGGCACUUCAAAUUCCGGCUCGUCGUCGUCGCAAGGCUCGUCUGCCAGCAGCGGCUCUCCCCCCAAGGAUGCACCAAAGACGGCAAUGAGCAGUGUAUUCAUGCUUACCCAAGCAUUGCUUUUAGUGGUGUUCUCCAUGCUGUUCUGUUCGCGGCGGAUCGCAAUGGCGGAAAAGAAAGGCAUCCCGGCCGCGCAAGGGGCGCGCGGAGAGAACAGUCCGCGCAUAGAGACAAGUGCGCGCGGAGAUCGUAGACCUGAUGGCGAUGACGGUGCGGAGCCACGUGGCGCGGAGAGGCACGAGGCUCUGAAAGCUUCCUCGAAAGAGAAUGUCGAGAAGCUCGCUGAGGAGGAGAAGCGCGGGGAAGAGCGCGUCGAGGAGGAGAAGCGCGGGGAAGAGCGCGUCGAGGAGGAGAAGCGCGGGGAAGAGCGCGUCGAGGAGGGUAAGGAGGGCGAUGAAGCGGACGAGGAUUACUUGGUGCUCAGCGAAGUCCACGUGGCAUGCCCCUCGCACCACGUCAGCACCGUCAGCACCUUCGCCUUCCGCCUGCCCCCUGCCGUGGUGACGGCGGAAUGGGCGCUACGCGGGGAGGCGGGGAAUGCGGAGGGAUGGGAGGGGUCGGAAGACGCGGGGCGGAGUGGCGCGGCGGAAAGCAGUGAGGGGAUAGCAGGGGAGCGGGAGGCGCGGAGCGGGGCGGAAGGGGUGCGAGUGGCGGAGGAUGCGGACGGCGAUCUGCUGGUGGCGCGGCGCAAGAGGCGGAAAGCAGGCAGUGGUGGGGGAGGCACAGGCGGUGGUGGCGGGCAGAGAGGUAAUGACGUGCAGCUGCCAGCAGCAGCAGUGCCACGUGGCAAAGCAAUGCAAGGGGCUGCAGGGGAGGAGGAGGACGAGGGCGGGGAGGGGGAGGGGGGAGUAGAGGCUGGGGAAGGAGGUGGAGUGGAAGGAGGGGGGGAAGAAGGAGAGGGAGAAAAAGGAGAGGAUGAAGGCGUUGGAGCGGGAGGGUGGAUGAGGGUGGUGAUCCGGCACAGCAUGAAGACCACCAUUGCUCAUGUGGGCAUGCAGGUGAGGCGGGCAGGUGAGGUCUGGCGCGCAGCACUGCUGCUGGCGGACGUCAUGGUGGCGAACCACCGCCUACUGGGGGGCGCCACUGUGCUCGAGCUGGGGGCAGGCGCAGGUACUCCUGGGGGGGCGUGUGGCGCUCUGGGCACAGGUCACGGCGUGCUUCCCAAUUGCGCUGCCAACGCUGCUGAUGCUGCCAUGGCACACAGUGCAGCCAGUGCACUCACGGGUACCUCAUGGCGCCCCCCCAGCCCCGUGGCAGCAGCUCUGGUUCGCCGCCUUGACUGGCGCCACGGCUGGCCCCCUCCCGUGGUAACCAGGCAAUCCGGCCUCCACCAAUCAGUGACCAGGUCUGGCAGCAGCAGUGCACCGGGCAGGGCGGCAGGCGCACAGGCGGAAAUGGGUGGCGCAGUGGACCCGUUUAAUGGGAUAGACCCGUUUGGGUGGACUGAGGAGGAAGUGAGUGACGCCAGCAACGCCACAGUGCUGCUAGCUGCUGACGUCAUCUACAGUGAUGACAUCACGUGUGCCUUCUUCACCACCCUUUGCUCUGUCCUGCGCUGUGGCCCUCCCAAGCUCUUACUGCUGGCGUUGGAGAAGCGGUUCAACUUCUCCCUCUCCCACCUCGCCCCCGUUGCCAACGGCUACGCCGUCUUCCGCUCCCACUUCGCCGCCCAAAACGGUGCUCCCAGCUGGUACAGUGGCGGCCACUGUAGCAGCACGCAGCGAGCAGAAAAGCCAGGAGAGGCCAGCUGCAGACUGGAUGAGCACACGUGUGGUGGGCGGGGAAGGGGGGUAGAUGGACGGCAGAGAGAGGGGCGUGGGGACGGGGAUGGGGAUGAUGGGAACAGGGAGGGGGAAGAGGGGGAGGAGCUGUUGGGGUGGCGCAUGGAUGUGGGGCAGGUACCGCAGCACGUGGUGGGGUGGGAGAGGGGGAGCGACAUGGAGCUGUGGAUCAUUGGCAACCAGCGGUCACUGCCGUUGGUGUGUGCGUGGAUAGAGAGGGGUGUUGGUCUGUCUCCCUGCGAGGGUGGAGAAGAGGAUCAGUGCUCCCCUCCUGAAGCCUUACUAGCAAAUCCCUGA